GGAAGCGGUUGAGUGGGCAGCCAAUGGGAGCGCCGGAAGGGAGAAACUUCUCAUCCGAGGCGGCAGUUGAGGUGGGACGGCGGGCAGUGACAACUAUAAGGAGAAGGUGGACGUUUCCUUUCCCUAUUGGGACCUCCAUGAUGGCGAAGCUUCAUGGACUGCAAGCCGACUAUGUUUUCCGUGGCGUCGACCACAUUGUCCGGAUGACAGUGGAAGGGAACCUCUUGGAGGUGGAAGUGGAGGACCGUCUCACUACGGACCAGUGGCGAGGAGAGUUUGAUGCUGCUUGUGAGUGUGAUCUGACGCACAAGACGGGGAAUUUCAAGCAGUUUGGUAUCUUCUGCAACAUGCUGGAGUCCGCCCUGGCUCAGAGCAGUGAGUCAGUCACGCUGGACCUUCUCACCUACUCGGACCUGGAGUCGCUGAGAAAUCGGAAAAUUGGUGUGGGACCCCGGCAUUUGCCUGCCGCCAAGAGCUCUCCGCUCAGCUCCAAGCGUUACCUCAUCCUGAUCUACUCAGUGGAAUUUGACCGAAUCCACUACCCGCUACCUUUACCGUACGUGGGGAAGCCGGAUCCGGUUGUCUUGCAGAAGGUGAUCCGGGAGCUCAAGGAAGAGCUGGCACUCUUGAAGGCAAAGCCGGGCAAGGACCCCCGGGAUGCCGAGAUCCGCCGGCUCCGGGAAGAGCUGCAGAAUGCCCUGGAGGAGAAGCAGGCAGCGGAGACAGCCCUUUUGGGCCUCCGGGAAGAGCUGACGCUUGUCAACAAAAACGGCGUCCUCAAAGAAGUGAAAAUCCUGAAGAAGGUGGUGCAGAGCCUGGAGGAGGAGCUGACCAAAGAGAGGACCAAGCACCAGCGGGCCACCAACAAGCGCCUGCAGGAGAGCCAGCACCUCGCGGAAGAGCUAGCGGAAAUGAAAGCGACAGAGAGGAGUCUCCGGAUUCGUGUGAAGAACCUGACCAACGAGUUGGCCUUAUACCGGAAAGGGCGCUUCACCCCGAGCGGACCUUCUCCCCAGAACCAUUCCGCAGCCUCCUCUCGCCAUUUUGCCCAGCCGGCCGUCCUGACUCGAGACGGCGCCAAGAAGAGGGACGACCGCCGCUGCAGCUCCAGGGAACGAUCAGUCUCACGGGAACGUGGUGGGGCCUGGGGUCCCAGCCAGCAACGGUCCACGUCCAGGGAAGGGCGCAGCAGCGGGAGUCAAGGUCGGGCCCCGCGACAGUCUCCUUCUCCCACAGGCCCCCGGGCUCCUCGGUUUGACCCCACAGCCUUUGUGAAGGCCAAGGAGCGCAAGCAGAAGGAAGCCGAACAGAAAAACAAGCGAAACUUGAGGCGAGGAAUAGGAGACACCCCGCCGAGCGGAUGGCACCAUCCGACCCAGUUGACUUUCAACAACAGCGGCCUCGGAAAAACCCGGGGCAGGAGUUCCUCCGGUUGGCAGAAGCUGGAGCUAACAGCGGGCACUCACUCUGCUCCCCGGAUUCGAACCUGCGACCUUUCGGUCUUGGAAAGCUUCCGCAGUAGGCGAUCCUCGGCAAGCUCCGGGAGCGAGAUGGAUGAAUAUUCAGAACCUGUUGCACCAAGGGGCCGGAAACGAGUGGCAAGGGGCAGGAAGCCCCUGAGUGCCUCAUCGUGGAAUGGUCCCACAAUGGUCUCCCGGGCAGACAGCGGUCAUCGGAAACACUUGGAAAGCACUCCCACCCCAGGCAAGCGAGCAGACAAAGAGAAUCUGUAUGACGACGAGCCAUCCGCAGACCUCUCUGAGAUUGACGCUCGCUUGCAAGCGCUGCAGGAGUAUAUGAACAAACUCGAGACGAGAACGUAGUCCAUGCAGCGGACAAAGCUGGGGAGCGGGGGGCGACUUGGCAACAAAUAAUAUAAUAUAAUUACCUCUGACAAAGGAUGUUGACCUCAAUGUUUACAAGCUCAAACAUGGCAAAAUACAGAGGACGUAGCUUGCAAAUUGCCUGCUAUUUGGGAGUCGCCCUUCUUCUGUUGUUAUAAACCCAAAAGCAGUUGGAGGGUAUCAUAGCCAGACAAAAACGAUGAUUCUUCAUGCUUGGCAUCCCUAGAAGUCAGGGUAUGGUAUGUGACUUUUGGCUCUGUAAAUUCCAGAAUUCUCUGGUUUGACUUGAGGGGAUUCUGGGAAUUAUAGUCCUAGAUUAAGCUCUGCAGAAGAAGCAACCUUUGUCGGUCCCUCGCCUGACAAGUCAGUGCAGUCUUUUCCAAAACGUUCCUGGAAAAUCUGCUCUCGGCUUCUCUUUUCGGAAAGGGUUGCCUCUUCUUCCCAUCCCCCUUUUGCCAUAUAAUCCUUGUGUUGCAGUGAAUCUUUUUCUACAAAUAAACCUUAUUUUCCCCCCUUAAA